AUGGUUGAUUACAUUAGUGAAUUGCCGGACGAUGUCCUAUCUUAUAUCUUAACAAGGAUAUCAAUGAAAGAUUUGUUGAAAACCAGUGUAUUAUCUAAACGGUGGUGCGAGCUUUGGACUCUAAGAAAAGAUCUCCAUUUUGAUAUUUUCAAUGUGUUUGGAGAGACUGAGGAAGAACUGGUACAAACCGGGUAUGUCAUUGAUGUUCCAGAUGGUCCUACUAUGAAGACACUUGCUAAUUUGAAUACAACUAGAGAUGAAUUUGUAAAACGAGUUGAUCAAUUUGUUAACAACUUUCAUGGUACAAAGAUAGCUUCUUUCUUUGUAAACUUCUAUUUGAAUUCUGACCAAAGCACGAUUAUUGAUCGAUGGAUAACUUUUGCAAUUGCAAGGGAAGUAGAAAUAAUCGAUCUACUCUUUCUAGGGUUGCCAUAUGCACGAAAUCAUCUACGCAAGUUUUAUAAAUUUCCCUUUCAUUUACUUUUGGAGACUAAUACUUCAACUCUAAAGCAUUUGAGUCUUGAAGGUUGUCUUAUUUGCAAUCCGACUAACUAUGACUUCCGCCCGUUAAAAAACUUGAGAUUUCUUUCACUCAAUACAGUAAAAUUGGAUGAAAUCUUCAUUGAAAAUCUCUUAUUCAACUGUGGUUUUCUUGAAGAGCUUCACUUACUUUCCUGUUGUUUUCAAGCAUCAAUGCCCAAGAUAAUAAGUUCAUCGUUAUUAAAACUUAAGAUUAUAGACGUCUAUAUCGUACCCAACAUCGGAAUGGUGGAUAUAGACUUGACUUUAUUGGAUUGCCCUAAACUAAAUUCAUUGGAUUACCUUGGACAUGGCUUGGGUACCAUGAGCAUUAAUACCCCUAUGUUGAAAUACAUUAACUUCCCUAUUAACUUCCCUAUUCGAGAUGAAGAACAUUUGAACACAUUUUCUCUCUGUGCAACUUUUCUUCAACUUGAAACUAUGCGUGUAGACAUAACAUCAACGGUCAUAGCUUCCCUAAAUAUAAAUCAACCAUUCAAACAUCUUAAAGAGUUGAACCUCAUUCUUUUAUUGAAUUUUGACAUUCCAAUGAAUGUGAAUUAUGACCUUUUGUGGAUUUCAAACCUCCUUCAAGCUUCUCCACUUUUGCAGAAACUUUCAGCCAUGUUUACAUACCCGGAGUUCCUUGAAAAGCAGAAAGAUAUUAGGGAUAUUGAAAUAUUUCAUGACGAGAUCAAAGUUAUUGAAUUUCGAGGGUUUCUUGGCAAUUGGUUUGAAAUUGAAUUUGUUAUAAAUGUCCUAAAAUAUGUUGAAAAGCUUGAGCAAAUAGUUUUGACUCCAUGUUGGAAGGAAGAUGACUCCAUGGAAGAAUGGAUUUCUGAUCCUGUGUGUUUUCAAAGUGCACGUGAAAGAAUUAGUGAAAAGCUUCAGGGUGAACAAGUUCUGAGACCAGAAAAACUUGUACUCCUAUAA